AUAGAUAUACACAAAAUAUUGUUGGUCCGAUAGCUAAGGAACACACCUUCGUGUCGAAGAUUUUGAGUAUUUGUGGAAAUUAAAUUCCAUUAAUUGAAUCAUGGUAAUUCAAGAAAAAAAUUCAGACUCCAUUAGCGAAAAUGUUGAAAGUGUGGAUCCAUCCAAACAACAAGAGCGUAAACCUUAUUCUCUCGAAAUUUUGAAAACCAUUAAGGAAGCCCAACAACAGCACGGUCUUCGCCAUGGCGAUUAUCAACGCUACCGGGGCUAUUGCUCUAGACGUUUACGCCGUCUCAGGAAAGUUCUCAAAGUGCCGCAGGGUGAUCGUCGUCAUUUCAAAAAACGAGACGUCACCACUGCUAUGGUUAUUGACGACAAAUUCCUACAAAUCCCUUUGACCAUGGCUGAGCGUGCUUGGAGCUACGCCAUGCAGUUGCGCAUCGAAUGCAACACUGAGCCAAGAAAAAAAUUUCAUCUUGUCGCUCGACUCAGAAAAGCUGCAACUUAUGCAUUACAAUUGCAGGAAUUGAUUGAAAAUGUCCAUUGUGAUGCACGAACAAAACUGGAAGCACAGGCUUACGUAGCUUGGAUGCAAGGGUCAUUGCAGUUCGAGUUGCAGUUAUGGAAGGAAGCGAUGGCAAAUUUGAAAAAGGCACAAGUGGUUUAUGGUGAAUUGGCAGCGGCGUUACCAGAAUUAGAGCAAAUAGUUUACAAAGCUCGGGUUGAGGAAUUGUCUCCAAGUUUGAGAUACUGCGCAUACAACGUAGGAGACACAUCAGCAAUUGAGGAUUUGAUGCAGAUGAGAGGUCAGUUGAGCGGGGAACUGCUGGCAAAUUUGGACUCUCUGAUAGCUCAAACUCGUGAGAAGCAGAAUAACGCAGAAGAGAUAACUUGGCGAGGAAAAGCUUGCGGAAUGCUGCCACCUCGUGCAGCUGGUUUACUGAUAGCGGAUUCGCAAUUGAACCAAACCCUCUCGAAAGCUACAACAACUCAAGCGAAGAUCGAUCUUCUGGAGGCUCAUUUGAUCGAUUGCAAAGAUGUGAUUGGAACCGUACGAGAAUCAUUCAAGGGAGAGUUGAAGAAUCGUGACGGUGAGAAAGCCUCGUCGAUUCAGCAUCUCAUUGCUUAUUUGCAGUACAUUAGACUGUCGAGAACUCUCGAGCGUAAUUUGGCGCUGGUGGACAUUGCCGAGAAAUCGGAAAAAGCAAAACCCCAAGAUAUUGUUCGUUUGUACGAGGCAGCUUUACACAAUUUAGUGGAAAUGUCACAGCUGCAGGACGACGAAGCUUUUCUUCAAGAACACGAGGCAAGGACCAAAGGCUAUCGUGCUUUCCGGUGCUUUUACAUGGCUCAGUCCCUCGCCAAUUUACAUCGUUGGCGUGAAGCAAUGGCGCUUUAUCAAAGGUCCCUUCAUCACGUUAAGGAUGCCCUCAAAAAUCCUUUCCUCUUGCCCGAUGGGCUCAAACAUGACCUUGCAAAAUUAGAAUCUUCGAUCGAAGGCGCUCAAUAUGCUGUCCAUGCUCAUAGUGUUCUCGAAGAAGGUCAAGAAGAUGAAUCCGGCAACAUUAAACAAACGAAAAGCAAAAAACCUUUGGCUGAACGCCUUCACGAAUAUCGCGAAGAUCCUUCACUCGUUACGAAACAACCGAAUGUUUACAACCUCCCACCACCCAUGCAAAGCAUUCCCUGCAAACCUCUUUUCUUCGAUCUCGCGUUUAACAUGGUUGAAUUUCCUGAUCUUACCGACAAAAUUGGUAAUCAAGGAAAAGCGGCCAGCCAAGCAGGUCUUACAGGAUUCGUCAAAGGUUUAUGGGGCUGGGGCAAUAAGUAAAGUUUAUUUACACUCAUUUCAAAUAUCUGGGAUCCUCUUUGUACCACUGUAAUAACGGAUAUUUACGAAAUACAUGAAAUUACACGGGAAUGAAA